AUGCCCCCUGGUCCUCGUCUGCCUACCAACGGCAGCCUAGUGGGAAUGUCAGCCCAGCCCCAGUCCCAGGCCAACCAACGUCCCCCUGUCCCUGGAUCCAACACCCAGCAGAAACCCCCAGGGCCAGGGAAGACCCAGGUCAUGCAGAGACAACUAUCCCAGCAGCAGCACAUAAUCAAUGACUCGGUGAGCUAUAGGUUAUCAUGUUAACAUCAAUGACUCGGUGAGCUAUAGGUUAUCAUGUUAACAUCAAUGACUCGGUGAGCUAUAGGUUAUCAUGUUAACAUCAAUGACUCGGUGAGCUAUAGGUUAUAAUGUUAACAUCAAUGACUCGGUGAGCUAUAGGUUAUCAUGUUAACAUCAAUGACUCGGUGAGCUAUAGGUUAUAAUGUUAACAUCAAUGACUCGGUGAGCUAUAGGUUAUAAUGUUAACAUCAAUGACUCGGUGAGCUAUAGGUUAUCAUGUUAACAUCAAUGACUCGGUGAGCUAUAGGUUAUAAUGUUAACAUCAAUGACUCGGUGAGCUAUAGGUUAUAAUGUUAACAUCAAUGACUCGGUGAGCUAUAGGUUAUAAUGUUAACAUCAAUGACUCGGUGAGCUAUAGGUUAUAAUGUUAACAUCAAUGACUUGGUGAGCUAUAGGUUAUCAUGUUAACAUCAAUGACUCGGUGAGCUAUAGGUUAUAAUGUUAACAUCAAUGACUCGGUGAGCUAUAGGUUAUAAUGUUAACAUCAAUGACUCGGUGAGCUAUAGGUUAUAAUGUUAACAUCAAUGACUUGGUGAGCUAUAGGUUAUCAUGUUAACAUCAAUGACUCUGUGAGCUACAUAUUAUAUGUUUGUAUGUAAUCACCAGAUAUUCAGCUAAAACACGACUUACAAAAUGUUUGACUUUGGGAACACUUCCAGCUCCCACACGUUACCCUUUCAAUCCCAUCCCUGAUCAUCUCAUGUUGUAUUUGAACAUGUAUACAAAAGUCAUUGCUGUUUCAUUAACUCCUUCUGUUGUGUUUCAGGACAAAAGCAGUAGUAACCAGGAUCCGUUUAACCGUCAUCUAACCAGACCACCACCAGAUUACAAACAGCCCAGAGGAAUGAUCCAACCGACAGGCCUUUUCACAGGUACAUCAUUCAUUUGAAUCAUUCAUCAUUCAUUGCUUCCAAGUACGAGAAAAACAGUAUUGGUUCUUAUUGGUCCUUGAUUUUCCAUCAGGCUUGUUUGUGUCUGUAUGGGCCAGAGAAAUGGAAAGAAGAUAAUUGAGUAUGUCUGUUAUUCAGUUGUCAUAACAAUCUAUUACAACAGUAUUAACCAACUCACUCAUUGUGUAUUCAGGUAUGAAUUCCUCCCAGUCGUUGUCGACCAACGGGCCUGACCAGAUUGACCUUCCGUCCAUGUCCUGCCACAUGCCCAGCGGCCCGGGAUCCAAGAUGACCCCUCCUCCCACGGACUGGAGGUUUGGAAGCGGCCCCCACCCUCACCAGCUCCAACAGCACAACAACCAGACCAAGAUGGGACUAGGAGUCGGAGGAGGACUCAACCAAAACAAAUCCAGGUUCCCUGGUCCUCCCAACGGCCAGGGUAAUGGGUUUGAGGUGGGUGGUCUUACCAGCGUACAACAUCCCACAAGGACAUCAGUAGGCCAGCAGGGUGGAGGGAUGCCCAGCCAGGGGCAGGGUCAGGGGCUGGGGGGUGUAAUGGGCUGGCCUCCUGGAGCUAAACCACCCAUCAUGGGCCCUGGGCCUGGGUCUCUUGGGGUGAGGCGGCUCCCGAACUCGCUCCAACCCCAGGGGGGCCAGUCCCGGUCUCAGCUCGACAUGUCCAGCCACCAGUACUCUCUUGGCCCCCGGCACAUAGGCCCCGGCCCACCCAACCAGGUGGCACCAGACAUUGGCAUGCUGCCUCCGAACCCAGCCCUCCGCAGCUCCACCACCAACCCCAGACCCAGUCAACCCAUGAUGCCUCCUCUGCCGGGGCUACCAAGCCUCAACCAGGCUUCUCCGGAGCAGAGGGUCCCCGCUGGGGGCAGCACCAUCGGGGUCUUCCCACCACAUAACCACAACCCUGGGGGCAGCACCAUUGGGGUCUUCCCGCCACAUAACCACAACCCUGGGGGAAGUUACCAGACCCAGAACCAGAACAGCCGGGCUGUUAACCGGUUGACCUUUGAAUUCCUCCAGGAGGGAGACAACACCGUCCCAGGGAUCAACACUGACUCAGACUUCAUCGACUCGCUGCUGAAGUCCGGAUCCGGCAACGACGACUGGAUGAAAGACAUCAACCUCGAUGAGAUCCUGGGCAGUCACUCAUAA